AUGGAGAAGGAUUCCACAUCCACUCCAACUGCUGUCAACACCCAGGGGUCACGCCCUGUUGAGGAUGGACCCUCUGUCCCCCCUCCCGGAGAGACGUCGCCUUCCCUCGUCUCCAAUGACCUCCCUGCUGCUCCCUCUCACCCCGCCAAAUCGCCAUCCCCAACAGAACCCAGAGGAACAGCUCAUUCCUCCCAGACAUCCGUCUCUAAACCGAUGGAUUGCCCUCCAUCUGCAAAGGGGUCAAAGCCUUUAACUCCUGCUGCGCCUUCCAAACCCGUGUCCAGUCCCUCCUCUCUGCCUCGGAGCAAAGCUCCACUUGUUACCUCUCCCAACCGCGCUACCCCCAAAAUGUCAGCCCUUUCAAAGCUCACGUCUGCCUCCUUUACAUCAGCUUUCUUAGCCUGUGACGCUCCGACCGAUCCCCCUACUUCCUCCUCCGCUGCUUCCACUGAGGCUCCAGCGGCCUCUUCCGCCGACCCCGUGAAACGCACCUUCGCCUCCAUGGCCAAGCAGGUGAUAAUACAAGAAAGACUUCGCAAAGCCGAGGACAAUGCCGAUGACGAAGAGGAAGAUGAAGAACCAGAAGAGGACUUGACCCUGGAGCAGAUCGAGGACAAGGCCAAAGCCGGCGACGCCAGAGCUCAGACCCGGCUGGGUCAGCACCAUUUGAGUCUGGCUAAAGAGAAGGACACAGAGCUGAACAAUCACCUGGCUGUCAACUGGCUGAUUAAAGCAGCUAAACAGGGUCGAAAAGGAGCCGCGAGCGCACUGCGGCGCUGUUGGAUCCAGAGAAAAGGAAUCACCCCAGAGAACGAGGCCGACGUGCGCAAGUUGUCAACAGAGAGUGGGUUUGAGCUGGCGGUGCGCAAAGCGGCCAUGAAGAUGUACUGGAAACUCAACCCGGACAGGAAGAAGAAAGUGGCCGUGGCUGAGAUGCUGGAGAAUGUCAGCCAGGUCAACGCAGUGCAAGGUGGCACUGCCAGCCGGAUUCCCGGCCCAACCUCGAGCCAGACCCAGAAAAUCCUGGAGAGCAUGGUCAACAAUGAGUCCACACAGUUGGUGGACCUGGACGACUUUGUUGAGAUGACUAAAAAGUACGCUCAAGGUAUUGCGCCCCGAGCUGGCAGCCAGGCCACAGCCAAGGCUGAAGGUCCCAAACCCGACGCCAGCAGCGCGGAGCACAAGGCUGAGCUGGUGCCGUCGGGAUACAGGAAUGCCUUCAAACGUUCCUGGAGUUUUAGCCGCAGUGGGAUGAUGAUGGACAAGAGGCAGAACGGGGCCAUGGAAAAAGCCAUGGACAUGAAAUCGCGCUUAAUGGUGCUGCAGUACCCGCUGCACGGCAUCAUCGAGAUGAAGGAGCACCUGGUGGACUGGGCGUCGCGGGCCGGCGUCCAGUGGCUGAGCACGGUCAUCCCCACGCAGCACGUCAACGCGCUGAUCUUCUUCUUCAUCAUCAGCAACCUGACGGUCGACCUGUUCGCUUUCGUCAUCCCCUUGCUCGUCUUCUACCUGUCCUUCGUCUCCAUGAUCAUCUGCACGCUGCGCGUCCUCCAGAGCAGCAAGACUUGGGAGAACUUUAGGGCCCUGACGUCUCUGCUGACUCGCUUUGAACCCGGCCUAGACGUGGAGCAGGCCGAGACCAACUUCGGGUGGAACAACCUGGAGCCGUACCUCUACUUCAUCCUGUCCGUUUUCUUCGUCAUCUUCUCCUUCCCGGUAGCCGACAAAGGCUGGAUCCCCUGUUCUGAGCUCUCCACCGUGGCCAUCUUCUUCACUGCUGUCAGCUACAAGAGCCUCAGCCCCACAGCCGCGAUGUACGCACGCCGAGCCAUGGUCAUAGAGGUUGCAUCGUCUCUGUGUUGCCUGACCCAGUUCAUGCCAGAGAACAUGUCAGUGCUCCGUUGCCUGGGGCGCACCUUCGCCACUCUGCCACUGGGGGAGUCGGUGGUGCUGAAGCUCAGUCUCCCCUGCCUGCUCUACGUUUAUCUGUUCUAUCUGAUCUUUAGCAUGGCCAAGAUGCGCGGUUUCCAGGGGACUUACUGCUUCCUGGUUCCAUACCUGGUGUGCUUCAUGUGGUGCGAGUUCUCUGUGGUGCUCCUCCAGGGCUCCUCCGCUGUGGGUCUGAUGCGUACCUGCGUGGCCUACUUCCUCUUCCUGUUCGCCCUGCCCGUUCUGGCUUUCGGCCUCGCCGCCAUGCUCUUCAUCCAGCUCUUCAAGUGGUUCCUGGAGCUGGAGCUGACGAAGGUCAUCGUGACCUUGGUGGUCUGCGCGAUCCCCGUAACCCUGCGGCUGUGGACGCGGUUCAGCAUGUCCAUCCUGGAUGUCUUCCGCUCGAUGACCCACCGCGGUCCGGUCAAGCUCAUCUUACUCUGCAUCUCCACGGUGAUCCUGUUCUUCUCCAUCUACGUGUACCACGCAGAGGGGCAGAAGGUGUACAAUUCCACCCUGACUUGGAGGCAGUACAGCCAGGUGUGCGGGCCCCCCGCCUGGGAAACCAAAGGCAUGGCCCAGACGCAGCUGUUCUGCAGCCACCUGCACGGACACCGAGUCACCUGGGCGGGACGUUUCAAGCACGUCCGCGUGGCCGAGACGGACAACGGGGCACAGUCGGUCAUCAACAUGUUGCCGGUGUUCAUGGGAGAGUGGCUGCGCUGCCUCUACGGAGAGACGUACCCCAAGUGCGAGCCAAAGAACGCCACGGUCGCCAAUCUGGCAGCCGGUUCGGCGUCGGCGUCGGGGACCGCUGCGCUGCCCGUACUGCUCCGAAUGCAGGAGGAGGAAGAGAUGUGUCUGAUCAAGGCUCUGGCCAAACACUCCUGCCACAUCAAGCGCUUCGACAGCCACCGCUUUGAGGUGACCGUGGGGAUGCUCCGCGACGGAGGUGCGGAGGACCCAACCAGGGAUGUGAUCCUAAUGGCCAGCCACGAGUUCAGGCAAGUCCUGCUGAACCUAAACCCUGGCAAUAUGGUGGAGUUCAGCACCAAGCUGGAGGGCCGCCUCGGAGCUAGAGCGCCGGCCUUCGAGCUGAAGGCGAUCCACUGUCUGGACUGCGCUGCCUCCCUGCUGACUGGAGGCAGGCAGGUGAAGAUCGAGAGGGACUGGAGACGCACCACGAUGAGAGCGCUGAAGUUUGCUUUUGAUUUUUUCUUUUCUCCCUUCCUGUCAGCGAAAAUCAGCGACUGA